CAAGUGUUUUGGGGUGCCUGGGAGGUAGAUAUCUCUGGGCAUUAGGUUUGAGGACGGUCUUUGCAACUUUGGAGAGGAAGGGUGAGCGCGCUUCCAGACCAUUACGCAGUGAGCGUCUUUGGAUAUAAGAGAAAAAGUUGGAAGUUUGUGAAAAUCUACCGACAUCAACCACCAUGGAGAGCGGAGGAAACAUAACCCGAGACCCGAGCUGCACGAUGCAGCCUCCUCUAGCCAUGGACAUCAUCCUCAAUUUGGACAUCUUUGGCAUCGUCCUGUACUCUGUGCUUACCUUCAUGGCCGCAGUGUCCAUGCUGAUCUACAUUGAGGAGUGUAUCUACAUCUACAAGAAAGUGCCCGCCAAUAAGAAGAGCGUAAUCAUCUGGGUGAAUGGGGCAGCACCGGUGAUCGGCACCAUGUCGUGUCUGGGAAUGUGGAUCCCGAGAGCCACCAUGUUCACUGAUAUGACAUCUGCCUGCUACUUCGCCAUUGUGGUGUUCAAGUUCCUGAUCCUGAUGCUGGAGGAGGUGGGUGGUGACGAGGCUUUCCUGAGGCGAGCAGGGAAACAUAAACUCAAAAUCAGCACGGGGCCGUGCUGCUGCUGCUGCCUCUGCCUGCCAUAUGUCGCCAUCACACGGCGUUCUCUCUUCCUGCUCAAACUUGGAUCCUUCCAGUUUGCUCUCCUGAAGAUUGUCUUCACAGUCCUUUCCAUUGUCCUCUAUACCAACGGAACAUUCAACCUUGCUGAUUUGACCAUCAAAGGAGCUGCUAUAUGGAUCAACCCAUUUGUGGGUAUCUUGACAAUCAUAGCCCUGUGGCCUGUAGCAAUCAUAUUCAUGCACCUGAGGACUGCGCUGCGGACACUCAAGAUCAUUCCCAAGUACGCUAUGUACCAGCUGGUGCUGAUCCUGAGCCAGCUGCAAACAGCCAUUAUCAACAUCUUGGCUUUGAACGGAACUAUCGCCUGCACUCCGCCCUUGUCCGCUGCAGCCAGAGGAUACAUGAUGAGUCAGCAGCUUUUGAUCCUGGAGAUGUUUAUCAUCACACUGGUAACACGUCUGCUGUACCGCCGACAGUAUGAUCCUCUACCCGAAGAAGAAGACAUCAACGAAAACACCAAGAUGAUUGCAAUUCCUGAGUCUGCAUGAGAACGGUCUGUGUGUGUGUGUGUGUGUGUGUGUGUGUGUGUGUGUGUGUGUGUGUGAUUUUUAUUCCCUGUGUGUAUUGAUUAAGAGAAUAUAUAUGUCCAUAUGAAUAAAUGUAAUAUGAAUACA